CUGACGUCUCUUGGAAUAUAUAAACACUCCCUCAGAGUUUAGAGGCUAUGUGCUUGGUGGGGAGAUUUAGCUGCUCGUCUUCUUGUAACUUGAUGCAAGUCGUGUGUUAAGUACUUGUAUGUUCAGCUGAAAAGUCAGUUGCCCUUAUUCAAGGAGCUUCUCUCAGGAAGACCAGUGAGUCCGUUGGGACCAAGAAGUGCAAAAAAAAUCAAGCCUUACAGCAAGGAUAUUUUUAUAUUGACCGUUUGCACCCUGACAAAGGAGAGGAAUGGGCUGUAACAGAGACUGUGGACUCCUCACUGGGGCCGUCAUUGGUGCCGUGCUGGCUAUCUUUGGAGGAGUUCUGGUACCGGUUGGAGAUAACCUUAUAGGCAAAGCAAUAAAAAAGGAAGCUGUCAUUGCAAAUGGUACCAUUGCUUUUCAAAACUGGCUUGUGCCAGGAAGUUCAGUUUAUAGGCAAUUUUGGAUUUUCAAUGUGCAAAAUCCUUCAGAAGUAUUAGAGUCUGGAGCACGUCCAGUACUUGAACAGAGAGGACCUUACACAUACAGGGUGCGAUAUUUACCCAAAGAAAAUGUCACAGAAAACCCUGAUGGCACAAUAUCCUACAUGUUGCCUAAUGUUGCUCGGUUUGAACCAGAUAUGUCUAUUGGGACAGAAAAUGAUACCAUCACAUGCCUGAACCUCGCUGUUGUUGCUGCACCUGCCUUGUAUACAAAUAAUUUUAUACAACUACUAUUAAACACUUGGAUUAAAUCUUCUAAGUCAUCCAUGCUGCAGAACAGAACAGUGAAAGAAAUACUGUGGGGAUACAAAGAUCCCUUCUUAAACAAGAUCCCUUUCCCCUUGGACCCAGUUCUGGGAGUCUUCUACCCGUAUAAUGGGACAUUCGAUGGCCUUUACAAAGUUUAUACUGGGAAAGAAGAUAUUAAGAAAACAGCAAUAAUCGAAAGUUAUAAAAACAAAAGGAAUCUUUCAUACUGGGAAGGUCACUGUGAUAUGGUUAAUGGCACAGAUGGAGCAUCGUUCCCACCGUUUGUUAAGAAGGAUCAGGUACUGCGCUUCUUCUCCUCCGAUAUCUGCAGAUCCAUCUAUGGAGUUUUUCAGGGCAAGCAGAAUGUGAAAGGAAUAUCGCUCUAUCGUUUCACAGUUCCACGUGAAGCAUUUGCAUCACCUGCUGAAGUCGCAGAUAAUUAUUGCUUCUGUACAGAUCGAGUCAUAUCACAGAACUGCACGUUAGCUGGAGUCCUAGACAUUAGUGCCUGCAAAGCAGGAAGACCAGUAUUUAUCUCUCUUCCGCAUUUUCUUCAUGCGAGUGAAUCUAUAUUGAAUGAUGUUGAAGGCCUGAGCCCAAAUGAGAAGGAACACGAGACGUUUCUAGAUGUAGAGCCUAUCACUGGUUUUACACUACAGUUUGCAAAAAGGCUGCAAGUAAACCUCCUUGUGAAGCCCGCACCAAAAAUUGAAGCUUUAUCAAAAGUGAAGAAACCUUACAUUUUUCCUCUUCUUUGGCUAAAUGAGUCUGCUGUCAUUGGGGAUGAGAAAGCAGAAAUGUUCAGAAGUAAAGUCACUGGUCGGGUCCAGUUUCUGGGUGUGCUGCAGAUGGCGUUAAUGAUUGCAGGUUCUGUGAUGUUUGUCGCGUUCAUGGGUUCCUUUUUCAUAUGCAGAACAAAGAAACUAAAAUAAGUAACAAAAGAGUUCAGAGGUAGGUAAUGUUUAAUUGAAACUUCAGCCAAGAAGCAUAUUAAAAUUUGGAGACAAAAGGUAUGAAUCAAGGCACAGCCAGUCCACAUGCUAUGGAAUUCAACAUUCUUUUCUAUUUUGAGAAGACCAACUCACUAAACCAAAUAAACUGCUGUUUCAAAAGGUCCACACUUCUGGCAUCACUAAAGCAGUCACCAUGGAAACUGUGCUUUCAAAUACGCUUGAUUAUUGGAACCUUGUUACAAAUUUUAAAUGACAUUCAAGCAGACUGAAGUCGGAUUGACUUCAAGAUGAAAUUGGAUCUUAGUCCACCUUCUGCCAUUUAUGCAACUUACUACUUUUUUUCUUCUGGGAUUUGCAAGACAAUUGAAAGCUUUUUACGGAAAUUCUGUCUCUGAGCACAGACUGAGAAUGACAACGCCUUUGAGCUCAUGCUGUGCUCUAGAUGCUCUCGUUGCAACAUUUUGUUCUGUUCCUUCGAGGAAUGGAAGCUGCUGCAAUAGAAUUGCUCUCUGUUUUCUAUUCAGGGACGUGAAUUGCAUUGAAUGUGAAGUUUAUUAUGUAAAGUUACUAACUGUAAUACAUGAAGUUAAUAAAAGACUUACUAAAAUACAUUGUUUAUUCAUUUUAUAUCGAGAUGGCUCAUAGACAACCUUUCUCAUAUUGAUUGAGCUCAUCAACAUUUGGCUCCACAGCUGAUUAGCAAUCAGAGCUGCUCCCAAACUCCCAACCUGCUCCAUUGCUUUUACUGUUGCCUCUUGUGCCCUUCUCUUUCUGGCUACUGCUUGAACAUCAGGCUGUGCGCUGUCCUAAUCCCAUUUUUGCCCUCUCUUAAGGAAUGAUCUCAUACUUCACCUUCAGGGUCAAGUGAAAUUAUUUCAGACACAGGUAGGAUUCAGAUAAUUUUGAUCAAACAUCAGAGGGUUCCACCUCCUUGCUACAGAAGAACAUAAAUUAAAACAGGUCACCCCAAUUCUUUACUAUAAACCAUCUGCCACAAGGAAAUUUGUGGAACCAUUUGUUUAAUGGGGUGCAUCAGCCUGUAGACAGGUAGCAAACACUGCCAUCUGCUUAAAUGCUUUACUUUUCCGUUUAACCUGAAUGCCAUAUCUUAGAAAUGAGAGUCAAUGGGGCAGACAUUGAGUGUUAUAGGGUCCCCCCUUUUCUUAUGCACUUACUGAAUUCAGAAAAAGACCCCAAAAAAUCAGCAUUUUUAAAGAUUUCUUCUUGGAUUUUUUGUCUCUUUAAAUAAGAACUGCAAAGAAAAAGGAAGUUAAAAAAAUGGCCAGACUCUUAUAGCCUGGUCUUUGGAAAUAAUGCUACAAUGGACUUUAAAGUAGAAAGAUUUAUUUUACUAGUAAAGGACAACAUCUUUCACGAAGUAUCUUGAAUAAAGUGUUUUUACCCUUUGGAAAGAAAAAAAAA